AUGUGUCGGUGUUACCCGCACUCGAUUGACGAGACUUUGUUGCCAAAAUGCUACAGUGUGUGGGAGGGGAAAGCCUUCGUGGUGCAGCCCCCUCCACCUUCGGAGCCGACGACGACGCCGGGCCGAGCAGAGCUGAGGAGACCAAGGUCCGCCGUUUUCUCCAUAAAGCGACCACCCCUGGCAGUGCCGGCCUCUUCCACUGACCCUGCCGCCGAGGCUCUGAUACACCACAUCGACAACGUCUUGCCCAAAGGACUGAGGAACCUCCUGUUGCAGCUAGAGAACCACAGUGACUUGGGGGUGAUGGCGCUGUAUGCCGUAACUCUGAACCGCCAUCGCCGACUGAGCAGCGCGCUGCGGCAGCUGCAGCAGCUGCAGGCCCGCACCCGGUCACCGGAGAAGCCCCCGAAAGUCAGGUAAACAAAUC